CCCUUUCUUCUUUCUCAUCUCUCCUCUCUCACGCGCUCCUACCGAUUCCGUACACACUCUCUCCAGGUCACCCACCUUUCACUCACCGGCUAAUGGCGGUGGAGACGCUCCAGCUCCGGAAAGAAGGCUUCCCUACAGGCGAGAAAGAGCCCGUGCCCACGGCGGCGCCGGUUAAGGAGGCGCAUUUUAGAGGUGUCCGGAAGCGCCCGUGGGGCCGAUUCGCGGCCGAGAUUCGCGAUCCGUGGAAGAAGACGCGGAAAUGGCUCGGCACGUUCGACACGGCGGAGGAGGCUGCGCGUGCCUACGACGACGCUGCUAGAAAUCUCCGCGGCCCGAAGGCUAAGACGAACUUCGGCUGCGACGGCGAGAUCUCGAUCUCCGCGGUGGCAUCCGGCAGCUUCCAGAAGCAUCUACAGCAGUGGCGGUCUACCGCGUACGGAUCGGACGGCCGCGAUCUGCUGUCGACGAUCGGCGGAUCGCCGUCGGAUUUUACCGGGUACAAGUUCGAGGCGGUGGAGGUGGUGGUGAGAAACGAGCAGGAGAAGAAGAUGAGGAAGGAGAAGAAGCCUCUGGCUUUCGAUCUAAACCUCCCGCCUCCUCUUGUUUAAUCCGACGGCUGAGAUUUCUCGGUCGUACGAGGCUUUUUUUUUUUUUUGGCAGACGGCGAAAAUAACGGCCUGGUUUUUGCUGCUGCUGCUCGCUCUCCUUUUUCUAUUUCCCGUUUUGCCCUUUCGCUUUUGUCUCAUGUAUAGUUCUUAAGAAGACAAAGUGAUUAGAAGAAUUCAAUUUUACUCGA